UCCCCUUGACUCUCUCCUUCUAGUUGGCUCGCAGGCAGACACAGCUGAAUUCCAACCGGGCUGGCCGCUGUCCUCGCAGUACGGGGAGACCACAGGAACCUUGCAAUGAUCUCGCUGGACUUCGAUUUCAACAUUUUGACAAGGGACCUGUCGCAUUAUUUGGAAAAUCAAGUGAAAGUUGAGCUUUUCGGUUCGGGCGUAGGGCUGUCUUUGGUGCUGGGCUUUAGCGCAGCGUACACCUGCUACUAUUUGAUAUCAGUGGCGAAGAAACCUCAGCUCAUCUCUGGGGGUAAGAAGUUUUACCAGUUUCUAAGGGAGCAAUGUCCAGUAGUGUCAGAGACCUACUACCCCACCUUUUGGUGCUGGGAGAGUCGCAUUCAGACUCUGCUGAGACCCUUUGUCACAGCCAAACCUGGAGUCAUCUACAGAAAUGAGCUUAUUAAGGCAGCAGAUGGAGGACAGAUAUCUAUGGACUGGUUUGACAACGACGACAGCCUCUCUCAUCCCGACCCUGCCACCAGGCCCACUGUUCUCCUUCUUCCUGGUCUGACUGGCACCAGCCGAGAGUCCUACAUCUUGCACAUGGUCCAACAGAGUCGGGAUCUGGGCUAUAGAUGUGUGGUAUUCAACAACAGAGGGGUUUCAGGUGAAACACUACUGACUCCGAGGACCUAUUGCGCAGCCAACACAGAGGAUCUGGAGACUGUUAUAGAGCACAUCAAGAGAACCUAUGAAGCUGCUCCAAUCAUGGCUGCUGGCGUGUCCAUGGGAGGGAUGAUGCUGGCCAACUACUUGGGGCAAAAGGGCCUGAAAACCUGCCUGAAAGGGGUUGUAGUUUUCUCAGCAGGCUGGGAUGUAUUUGAGUGCACAGCGUCACUGGAAAAACCCCUGGACCGUUUCCUCUUCAACUCCUACCUCACCAGCUGCCUACAAGCCUCUGUGCACAGACACAGACCAGUGCUCGAAAAGUGUUACGACAUUGAUCAUGUUAUGAAGGCAAAGACCAUCCGAGAGUUUGACGAGAGGUUCACCUCCAUAAUGUUUGGUUAUCCUACUAAUGAUGACUACUACCGUGAUGCCAGUCCUAUCCACAAACUGAAAUCUGUGCAGGUGCCAAUGCUGUGUCUGAAUGCUGCUGAUGAUGUCUUUUCUCCAUCUCAUGCCAUCCCGGUGGAGGCAGUGAAGCAGAAUCCAAACCUGGCGUUGCUUAUCACCUGCCGUGGCGGCCAUAUUGGUUUCCUGGAAGGGCUUUGGCCACGACAUAGCACUUAUAUGGACCGAGUCUUCAAGCAAUUUGCGAAAGCGGUCAUUGAACAAGGCAGCCGACUCAAAGACCUCUCCUGAUAAAAAAGCUCAACGUCCAGUUUUAUGUAUGUUACUUCCUUUCUUUCUUUCCUUCCUUUCUUUUGUCUUUCCCUCUUUCAUCUUAUUUCUCUGCAUUCUGGCUUCUAUUCCUUUUCAUUACAUUCAUUUCUCUUCCUACCAUUGUCCUUUCUUUAACCAUUUAACCUCACUCCCAACCUAUAUCCACUCUUUAUUCCUUUCCUCAGCACCAGUUCCUAUUGAACUUUUUUUUUUCAUGCAGCAGCUAUACUUUAUCUGGGCAAUGCAUCCAUCCGUCCCAUUCCUUUUUCUGCCACAAGCAAAAAAGUAUUCUGUAUUAUUUGAAGGGCACAUUAUUGAAUGCAGCAUUUGUGCUGGGCUCAACGUUUAGUUAUUCCAUUCAUUGAGCAAGUCUGUAAUCGUGUGCUCCAAGACAAGCUGCUCAUGUCCGUGCUGAGAUGCUAAAUCUGCGCUUAUACUGUUUAAUUACUGUAGCUAGCUAAAGAUUUAUGUGAUUACCUUGUGCAAUCAUUUUUUGAACUCAACAAAAAUAUUGUCCAUGAAAAUCCUUUUUUUAAACAUCCUGUAGUAUUUAGUAUUUAUAUCCGUCUUUUAAGUAAUAACUUAAUGUGUGAGCUACACUUCUGUGCUGUCUUUCAGAGAGUUGGGAGGGCUGAUUAUACUAGUUUUUAAAUACGUAUCGACCAUCAGGAUGCCUUUAGAUAAGCACAGUAUGGAGACUGGAACCAGGAAGAAUAAAAAAGCCUACUUAUCAAAAACUUUAAAACUAAUAAGUUAGAUGUUUCUUUUAAAUAAAUAUUAUGAAUUGACAAUCUAUUUUUGGAGACUGUACAUUUUAAGGCCCAAGUAGCAAAGCUGCAUAUGGAUCCAUUGUCUUAUUCGUUAUCCUCCUUUGCUGUUGGACCCUGUGGACAGUCCGAGUUUGAGGUGAAGCUGAUCCACCUUCACUGUACAUUGUAUCCUGUGUAAAAAAACAGGAGUUGAAGCGCGAUUUGCCAUUAAAGUACUAAUGAGCAAGCAAUACAGUCAUUUAUGUCAAAGACGACCUGCCAUUGGGGAAAAUGUUCCUCCACAUAAUUACGCCAUCGUCCAUUAGCUGAUGCUGCAGAGCUGGCUUACUGUGUGCAAGCACACUGAUGCAGCACUGAGCUGCAUCAUUAAUAUGUGAAACGAGGUUAUGGUGUGACCUCAAACUAUGUUUAAAAAAAAAAGGCAAAUUUUUUUGGGUUGUCUGCCUUCACCAAAAAUACAGAUGAUGAUUUUCAAAAGCAUAAUCACCGUACAAGUCAAAUCAGCAACAAAGUUGCUAAACGGAAAGCAAACGGGUAUUUGGUAAUGCUUAAUUCUUUCAAAUUCAAACUUGGUACUAGACCCUGUUGGAAUAAGCACUAAAAAGAAUGCAAUAUGUGACUUUUAAAAAGUCCUGCAAAAAGCAAACAGAGUUUCUCCUGGUCAUGUUUCUCUUUCACACAAAUAUGAAAGACUCAGCUAAAACAAUCUUUUUUAAAAGAAACAAGGGUUGCUGACAGAUAUUAACAUUUUAAAACCAUUUUGCUCUUAUCUCUGCACCUAUUUCCUGUAUUUCCAUCAAAAUUUGUGUAUUGACUCUGAUUUU